CCAAUCACACUCCUUUUGCCACAACAUGACCAAUCCAACCAACGAAGGCAACGAGUACUAUGCAAUCAGAGGCACAGUAGGGCGGGUUAUGCCUUCGCCAUCCUACAUAACGAAAAUGUGCUGCCAGCAUGGAGGAGCACAACUACGAGGAUAAAACCGUCAGGCUGUAUGAAUUAUAAACAGUUGAAGGAUUUUAACUUCACCUAGACUGAUAAGAGGAAAUUCUACUCUGGUUGGUGACUUGUUGACUGGUUAAAUGCUUCAAAUGAGGGUCCUGUAUUCAUCAAAGAGCAGAAAACAGGUCAAACUGCCACUAAAACCAACAUGUCUCAGCAACAGGCCGAGGCCACAUCAACUGACAAGCCACCUGAGCCACAAAGACCGGUCUCUCCUGCACCCAGCUAUGAUUCCAUAAAAAGUGACUGGUCCAAGAAUGAACCUCUCAACUUCACUAAAGAAAAAUCGGGGUUGCAUGAGCCACAAAGACCGGUCUCUCCUGCACCCAGCUAUGAUUCCAUAAAAAGUGACUGGUCCAAGAAUGAACCUCUCAACUUCACUAAAGAAGAAUCGGGGCCGCCUGAGCCACAAAGACCGGUCUCUCCUGCACCCAGCAAUGAUUCCAUAAAAAGUGACUGGUCCAAGAAUGAACCUCUCAACUUCUGUAAAGAAAAAUCGGGCCCAUUUGAGCCACUGAGGUCAGUCUCUCCUGUACCCAGCAACAUUCCCCAAGAUGAUCCUCUCAACUUCUUGCCUGAGCUAAGCAGUGCUUCCAUGGAGCAUGGCCAGGAUGGGCGUAGCCACAGCAAAGAUAAAGAUGCCAAACGCCAAUUCACAGCAGACCUGAAGAAAAGAGUACUCCGUCAGCAUGAAAAGGAACUGAGAAGACAUGAACCUGACAGAGCAAUAUACAAUAUAUCAGCUGGCGAAAGCGAGAACGCUAAACCACAAACCUUUGAUGCAUUAUUUCCUGAGAAAAAGAAGAAAGUGCGAACAGUGCUAAUGAAGGGAGUGGCUGGUAUUGGUAAAACCUUUCAAACAAGGUUGUUCAUGUUAGACUGGGCAAAAGAAAAAUCCAACAAAAAAAUAGACUUGAUAGUGUCAUUUGAUUUCAGCGAGCUGAAUUCAAGAAGGGACAAAGUUCAAAGCAUGACAGAUCUGCUUCAUCAUUCCCUCAAUAACGAUAAACACAGGGUUUACAAGUACGAAGAGUCUAAAGUAGCUUUUGUUCUUGAUGGCUUGGAAGAAUGUGCACUUUCUCUGGAUUUUGCAAAGAACAAGGACCUGACUGAUAUGGAAGAGCCAGCCUCGAUGGAUGUGCUGCUAACAAACCUCAUCAAGGGUAAUUUGCUUCCCUCUGCUUGUCUCUGGAUCAUCUCUCAACCUUCAGGAGUUGAUAAGAUUCCUCCUGAAUACAUUGAUAAAGUGACAGAAUGUCAAGAGACCUCGCAGCGACGGCAGAAACUGGUGUCAGCCCUGAAAGAAAGAUUUCGUAAAGAAACCACUCAAGAUGAAGACAUAAACCAUCCUAACCAGAAAAACACUGAACACAUCAUGCGAGAAUACAAAAGUGGUGAGGUUAAUGAUGAAGAGAAAAAUGGAUGCACUGCGGCAAAAUCAGUAAUACGAGUGAAUGCAGUAUCUGACAUCUUCAAAGAUACAAAAGGACAAAAAAUCAGAACUGUGCUGACUACUGGAAAAGCUGGAAUUGGAAAAUCCUUCCAUGUGCAGAAAUGUAUAAAGGAGUGGGCUAAAAAGGACAAUAAGUCAAUAUUUACUUGGAUUAAAGAUGCAACAAAAGAAAAGAUAUGGGGCAAAGAAGAAGAAGUUUUAUUUCCACUUAACUUCUCCAAGCUUAAUUUGAUGAAAGAGAAAAAAUUCAGUUUGGUGGGACUGCUUAAUCAUUUCUUUGAAGAAACUAAAUCAUUUGUAAUCUCUAACUUUGAACAGCUCAAAAUUGUAUUUGUCUUUGAUGGACUGGAUGCGUAUCAACCUCCUCUUGACUUUGACAACAACGACACAUUGACUGAUGUCAGAGAGCCAGCUUCAGUGGAUGUACUGCUGACUAGCCUCAUCAGAGGAACCCUGCUUCCCUCUGCCCGGCUCUGGAUAACCUCCCGACAGAAACUGCCUGAAACAUGUGUCGACAGGACGACAGAAAUACGAUGUAAGCCUGAUGUUGCAAGUCAAGGGAUACUCAAAUCUCAACUGACGGAGGAAUUUACCCAUGUGGCUGAGGGCAUUGAUAUGCAGAAAACCUCCGCUCUUCUGAAAGAGAUCUACACAGAUAUCUACAUCAUAGAGGGAGAGAGGGGAGAUUUCCAUGUUCAUCAUGAGAUCAGACAAGUUCAAGAUGCAAAAUUCAAACCAGAAACAUCGAUUAAAUAUCAUAACAUCUUCGAACCUGCAUCUGAAAAAAGUAUACCCAUUCGAACAGUGCUGACGAUUGGAGUGGCAGGCAUUGGAAAGUCAUUUGCUACCAAGAAGUACAUGCUGGACUGGGCUGAGGGUAUGGCAAACGGGGACAUAUUCUAUAUGUUUCCACUUUCUUUCCGGGAGCUGAAUUUGAGAAAAGACACAGAACACAGCAUGGAGGAACUCAUUCAUCAGUUUUUUCCGGGUAUGAAGACAUCAGAAAUAGAGGACUAUGACAAGUACAGAAUUCUGAUUGUUCUGGAUGGUCUUGAUGAAUGUCGCCUCGAUCUUGACUUCAAUAAAGGUGAUCAUUGGACAGAUGUGAAAAAGCCGACCUCAGUGAAUGUUCUGCUGACAAAUCUCAUCCAAGGAAAACUACUUCCUAAAUCUCAAAUCUGGAUCACCUCCCGACCUGCAGCCUCCAACCAUAUCCCUGCUAAUAAAGUUGACCGGGUUACAGAGGUGCGAGGAUUUAAUGAUGAGCAAAAGGAGGAGUACUUCAGGAAGAGAUUUAGUGACAAGGAUUUGGCUGAGAAAGUCUUGUCACAUGUCAAGAAAUCAAGAAGCCUUUACAUCAUGUGUCACAUCCCUGUCUUCUGUUGGAUCACUGCAAAAGUUCUGGAAGACUUCGUGGACACAAAAGAAGAAGGAAGGAUGCUCAAGACCCUGACUGACAUGUACAUAUACUUCCUUGAGUUACAAUGCAGACAGGCCAAUGUGAAGUAUGGUGCAGAUGAGACGGGUGACAGUUCUGAGACAAAUUCAUGCUGGAAUACAAGGAACAAGAAAACUAUCAUGUCUCUGGGGAAACUGGCUUUCAAGGGACUAGAGGAAGGAAAACUUCUCUUCACUGAAGACAACUUGAACGACUGUGGUCUUGACAUCACAAACACUGCCGUAUUCUCUGGAUUAUUCACUCAGAUCACACGAGAAGGAUGUGGGCUGUCCCAACAGAAAUUGUACUGCUUUGUCCACCUGAGCAUUCAAGAGUUCCUGGCAGCUUUUUAUGUCUUUCGCACAUUCAAUAACACAAGUGAAAAUCUGUUUAGCAAGCUCACUUCAACAGUUGGAGACUUGCCUCCAUUGGACUUCUACAAGACGGCAGUGGACAAGGCUUUAGAUAGCAAGAAUGGAGACUGGGAUCUGUUUCUCCGCUUCCUGCUUGGCCUCUCUCUGGAGACUAAUCAGAAUCUACUGCAAGACCUGUUGAGGAAGACAGAAAACAACAAGGAGAUCAACGAGGGAACCAUUGAGUAUAUCAAAGAAAAGAUUGGGGAAGAGAACAGUGAUGCUGAUAAAAAUUGCAAUCUUUUCUACUGUCUGAAUGAGCUGAACGACCACUCUCUUGUAGAAGAAGUGAAAAAGUACCUGCGCUCAGAAACGCACACAUUUGAAAACUUCUCCACCUCCCAGUGGUCCGCUCUGACUUUUGUGCUGCUGACAUCAGAUGAGAAGCUUGAUGUGUUUGAUCUGAAAAAGUACCUGAAAUCAGAGAAAGUUCUUCUCGGAAUGUUGCCGGUGGUCAAAGUCUCCAAAACUACUUUAUUGAGUUGGUGUGAGCUCUCUGAACAAUCCUGCAGAGGCCUGUCGUCCACAGUCCUCAGCUCGGCAUCCUGUAAUCUCACAGAGCUGGACCUGAGUCACAAUGACCUGCUGGAUUCAGGUGUGCAGGCGCUUGCUGAUGGCCUACGGAGUAUACACUGUAAACUGGAGAAUCUCAAGCUUUCAGGUUGUCAGGUGACAGAGAAAGGCUGCUCAUUUCUGGCCUCAGCUCUCAAGUCCAAACCGACCUCCUCCCUGAAACAGCUGGAUCUGAGUUACAAUCACCCAGGACCAGAGGGGGCAAAGAUGCUCUCUGAUAUAGCUUCUGAUCCAAAUACAAGCCUGAAGAAACUCUGUCUGGACUUUGGUGGGGAGCAUCGGUUAAAGCCAGGGCUGAAGAAGUAUGAUGCAGAUCUGAAGCUUGAUGAAAACACAGCAAGCAGAAGGCUUGUUCUGUCUGAAGACAACAGCAAAGUAAAAACUAUAAAGAAGGUGGAGGAGAAGGUAACACGUCCUGAACACCAAGCCAGGUUUAAAAGGACUCAGGUGUUUUGUGGUGAGGGCCUGAAAGGCCUCGGCUACUGGGAGAUAGAGUGGAAAGGGAUUGUCGGCAUUGCAGCGGCAUAUGGAGCAGUGGGGAGAAGAUGGGAUAGUAGUGGUGGCCUAGGAUGCAACGAGAUGUCCUGGAGCCUGCGCUGCUCGAGGAAGGGAUACACUGCCCUACAUGGAAAGACAUCCAAACCUAUUCAAUUGCCCGUUUGCCAAAAAAUAUCAGUCUUUCUGGAUUGGGAAGGUGGUACACUGACCUAUUACAGUGUUGAAAAAGGAGAGCUGAGGCUAAUACACACCUUCCAUGCCAAAUUCACAGAACCCCUCUUCCCUUGCUUCUGGUUUCAGAAGGGCUCUGUGACUUUGUGUGAGAUAGACAGUACCCCUCUGAGAUAUGGGAAAAGUGUGCUGUGAUGCUGUACCAGGAGCAUUUGAGUAACCACUGAGCUAGACUAGCUACUUGCUAGCUAAACAGCCAUUUUCCUCACCGACCUGACAGGACUUAACUCUUCAUCCACCUCCUCUAGCCUCACCUGUGCCUUGUUGCCUUCAUUUUUUUCUAUUUGAAAAAGCUUUAUAUCCAUGACCUUAGAGUCUUGCCUUAGUGAAUUAGCUAGCCAGCUACCACCAGAUGCCAACAAUAACAAGCCCUGUCAUCGGUGUGCUUUCUCUCUCUUCCUCUCUUUCACGCUCGCACAAAAUGCACGCGUUUCAAGUAGUGUGAAAUAGAUCUGCUGCUUGAAUGAAACACAGAUGAAACCCACAACAUACUUGCAGUUUUUGAUCAAUGAUGUUGUAUUAUUUUUGAGGGCUUUAAUGCAUGAUCGGAAUGAACAAUGAUUUUUUCGAUCCGGGGCUAUUCAUAAAACAUUCGGGGCUGUAGCCUUGGAGGCCCCCAGGCCUAACAGCGUUUUUUCUUUACCUGUUCAUAGUGUAAGUCAAUAUAUUAACAUUGUGAAAAGAAGAAAUGGUGCAAAAUAAAUCCCAUGUUAAGUUAAUGAUGUGAUAAAGAAAACGGAUACACAUUUUUAUAAAACUGUGAUUGUUUUCCCUGCUUCUCAUUUGUUGUUAAAUUGUAAAAGAAUGUACAUACUUUAAAUAAAAAUGUUGUAUUACUGUGUAAAUUGUGUUCGUACUAUUAAAUUCAUUCUGAUACUGAGGACAACAAUUUAAACACUCCUUUGUGGCAAGUUGUUUUUGUGAGCUGAUUAAAAUUGCUGUAAGAUUUUAUAAUACAUUUAAUGUAUAUCACUUUAUUAACCUGCCUGAAUUAAUGAAAACAUUUAGAAGUACCUUAAACUCAUCAGAGCAAAAUGUACAACCAUGCUCCAGACAUAUGAGCAUUCAUACAGACAGGAGCAAAUGUACAGCACUCGGUCAGCUUUACUCCUGUCUGCUCGUUUUUUUUAUUUUAUUUUUAUUUUUUACAAAUAUUCAAUUUCAUGUUAAAAUGUGUAAAUAUGGGUUGGACUGUAAACAAAAAUGAAAAGUGUCAUAGAAGAACUCUUUGUAUGCUAAGCUGCAGUCUGUUAGUAGAAACCCACAGUUGUUCUACUGCCUUAAUGUUUUCAUUUAAUGUAUGUAGUAUGGAUGUUGGAGGUAUUUCAUUUUAUUUUUUUUAUAUUUUUGUGCCCAAUAGUAAAGAAUGUAUAAAAUACGAUUUAUUCUUAAAAUUUAAAUAUGCUAACUAAUGAGAUUCUGAUGUAAAGAUAUGGAAAAGGUUCAUCAAAUGUCAUUCAUAUUGUUCUGCCUAUACAAAGUAGAUAAAGUUUUUAUUAAAACUAAA